AUGAUAUUAUUGCAUGCAUAUAUAUUUAUAUAUAAUGACCAUUCCUAACUUAUGAAACAAUAACUCACAAAGAAAACAGAAAUGGAAGAUUUGAUUCGAUUGCCGUCGUCGUCGUCGGUGUCAUUAUCUCGAUCUCCUCCUCCUCCUCCACCCCCGCCUCCUCCUCCGCCGAGAAAAGUCGGAGGAUGGAGAGCUAUCAAAUUCAUUCUUGGUAAUGAAUCAUUUGAGAAGCUGGCUUCAAUGAGUUUGAUAGCGAAUAUCAUAGUAUAUCUGCAAAGUAGAUAUAAUAUGGAAGGAGUAUUUAAUGUAACAGUGUUUACUGUAUGGUCUGGUUCUUCCAAUAUUACUUCUUUAUUAGGUGCAGUUCUUGCUGAUACUUAUUUGGGCAGAUUUUAUACUCUUCUCUUUGGCAGCUUCUUUUCUCUUAUGGGAAUGGCAGGCAUGACCCUAACGGCAGCAAUACCAACCUUAACACCGCCUAGAUGCCACGGAUCCGGCGCCAAUUGCCCCCAAGCAGAUAAAUGGCAGCUUGCCUUCCUCUUUGUAAGUCUCGGAUUUCUGUCGAUCGGAGCCGGCGGUAUUCGGCCAUGCAAUAUUGCAUUCGGUGCCGAUCAGUUCGACACCACAACAGCCAAAGGACGGUCACAGCUCGAGAGUUUUUUCAACUGGUGGUACUUCUUCUUCACAGUUGCUCUAGUCAUAGCUCUUACAGUCGUUGUCUACAUUCAGACCAGUGUCAGCUGGAUGAUCGGAUUUAUAAUCCCGACCGCUUGUUUGUUCGUCUCCAUUUCCAUAUUCUUGAUCGGAUAUAAUACUUACAUUCGCAAAGCUCCGCGAGGCAGCGUUUUCGCUGAUAUGAUCAAUGUCACAAUCGCUGCUUGUAGAAAGCGCAAGCUGACAAUUACUUCGGAUACUAAGUAUUCCUUUUACGAACCUCCGAUGGACGCGUCCGAGCUGCAUCACAAACUCGCUCAUACUGAUCGGUUCAAAUUCUUGGAUAAGGCGGCUAUGAUAAGCGACCAGAGCGAACUAGAUGAUCGAGGAAUUGCGAAGAAUUCGACAAGAUUAUGCAGUUUACAGCAAGUGGAGCAACUGAAAUGUUUAGUUGCAAUCGGGCCUGUUUGGGUGUCAGGAAUUCUCUGUUUUAUACCAAUGGAUCAGCAGAAUUCAUUUGGUAUCCUGCAAGCUAUUCAGAUGAACAGAACCGUUGGAAAAAAAUUUGUAAUUCCGCCAGGAUGGAUGGGUCUCACAUCUAUGAUCGCUCUUUCGUUAUGGAUUUACUUCUACGAGCGGAUUUACCUCCCGGGUUCGAAGAAAUUCACCGGAAAAGAGAGACGAAUGACUCUUCAGCAGAGAAUUAAGGUCGGCAUUGUAAUGUCAAUUCUCUGUAUGUUAGUUGGUGGAGUUGUUGAGAAGCAGCGCCGUGACUCAGCUUUGAGAAACGGAACAUUUACUGCCCCGUUAUCAAUCGUCGCGAUUUUUCCCCAAUUUGUCCUGUCAGGAUUAAUCGAAGCUUUUGGAGCGGUUGCUAUAAUGGAGUUUUACACCACCGGAAUGCCUGAGAGCAUGAGAACUGUUGCAGGAGCGGUUUUCUUUCUCAGUUUAUCAAUAACGAGCUAUAUAAGUACAUUACUUAUCAAUAUUAUCCACUCUGUCACCGGAAAAAAUGGAAAAACGCCGUGGAUCGGCGGUCACGAUCUCAAUCAUAACAGACUGGAUCACUAUUACUACCUGAUCGCCUGUCUAGCAGUAUUCAAUUUAAUUUAUUUCAGCUGCUAUGCCAGCCGCUACGUAGUGGCGAAAAAGCAUCACAAUACAGGAAGUAUAAAAUCGGAAACAGAUACUUCAAACUCCUGCCAUUAUUCGAGCAAUCUGAGCACUAAAGAUUCAGUUCACGACGAGGAAAAAGAGUUGGAAACACGUGGCCGACAUUGACAAGGAAGAAGAAGAAGAAGAUUCAGACAAUCGGAUCGUGCAAAUCCUGAAACAGAAAUUCGAUUGUCAGGUAUAAAUUUUGUAAUGUUUUUAAUACUUGUCUUUUUUAAGUAAUUAAUUUUCAUUUUGAGAGCUUUUUAUUUUUAGUUUGGUCCUAUCAAUCCUGACGAUGAUGGUGCGGAAGUUAAUGUUAUUAAUUAUAAAUGAGUGAUGUAAAUAUACGUACUUUAUCAUAAACAGAUUAUCAAUUGGUUCAA